AUGUCAAGCACGGACGCUACUGCGCCAACCACACAAGAGUGGCCUGCAAACAGGGUGCGCAGCACCUUUUUUGACUUUUUUAAAGAAAAGCAGCACACGCUUGUCCCCUCGAGCAGCACAAUCCCUUACGAUGACCCUACACUGCUUUUUGCGAAUGCAGGAAUGAACCAGUACAAGUCCAUUUUUUUGGGCACGGUCGACCCCUCGUCCGAGUUUGCCAAGCUGCAGCGCGCGGUGAAUUCUCAAAAGUGCAUUCGUGCAGGCGGCAAGCACAACGACCUUGACGAUGUCGGGAAAGACACGUACCACCACACCUUUUUUGAGAUGCUUGGCAACUGGAGUUUUGGCAACUACUUUAAGAAAGAAGCGAUAUUUUACGCGUGGGAACUGCUCACCCAGGUCUACGGCCUGCCGAAAGACCAGCUCUACGUGACCUACUUUGAAGGCGAUGCCAAGCAAGGUCUUGAGCCCGAUCUUGAGGCGCGUGCGCUGUGGCUCGAGGUCGGUGUUGCCGACGACCAUAUUCUCCGCGGCGACGCCAAAGACAAUUUCUGGGAGAUGGGUGCGACGGGCCCGUGCGGCCCCUGCAGCGAAGUGCACUUUGACCGUUUGGGAAACAGGAAUGCUGCGAGCCUUGUCAACAUGGACGAUCCACUGGUGAUUGAGGUGUGGAAUUUGGUGUUUAUGCAGUACAACCGCGAAGGGGACGGUUCGCUGCGUCCACUGCCUGCGCGCCAUAUUGACACCGGCAUGGGCUUUGAGCGCCUCGUUUCGAUUUUGCAAAACAAGCUGAGCAAUUACGACACGGACGUGUUUACUCCGCUGUUUGACCGAAUCCAAGAGCUCACUGGCGCGCGCGCGUACCAAGGCAAGCUCGGCAACGAGGAUAAGGACGGCAUCGACACGGCCUACCGUGUCCUUGCUGACCAUAUCCGCACGCUCACCUUUGCCAUGAGCGACGGCGGUGUGCCCGACAAAGAUGGCCGUGGUUACGUUUUGCGACGUAUUCUUCGCCGCGGCAUCCGCUACGCGCGCAAGUAUUUCCAAGUUCCUAUUGGCAGCUUUUUCAGCCAGCUCUUGCCCACACUGCUCCAGCAAAUGGGCAACACAUUCCCCGAGAUUACGCGCAAGGCAGAGGACCUUGCGGCGAUGCUGGACGAAGAAGAGCGCUCCUUUUCGCGCACCCUUGAUCGCGGCGAGAAGCUUUUUGAGCAGUAUGCGAAUGCUGCCAAGGCAGAGGGUCGUGCAAAGCUUAGCGGCUCUGACGUGUGGCGCUUGUAUGAUACGUUUGGCUUCCCUGUCGACUUGACGAGCAUCAUGGCCGAGGAGCAAGGUUUGACGUUUGAUCAGGCUGGGUUUGAAAAGGCACAGGCCGAGAGCAAGGAAGCAAGCAAAGGUGUGGGCAAGCAGCAAGCCACCGACGCGGUUAAGCUUGAUGUGCACGACCUGGGCUAUUUGGAGAAGCAGGGUACAGUGCCCAAGACAAAUGACAAGUACAAGUACGACACGCCGUCCAUGGCUGCGACGGUCAAGGGUAUUUUCCAGGACCACCAAUUUGUAGAGAGCACAGACACACUUCUCACGAAAGAAGCGCCGUUUGGUGUGCUUUUGGACCGUACCAACAUGUACGCUGAGAGCGGUGGCCAGCAGGCGGAUAUGGGCAGCUUGGUUAUCGACGGCAAGACUGCGUUUGACGUGACAAAUGUUCAAGUCGCCAACGGCUACAUGCUGCACAUCGGCUUCCUCGAGUACGGUGCUUUGCGCGUCGGCGACAAAGUCAUUACGAGCUACAACGACGCGCGGCGGCGCCCUUUGCAGAACAACCACACGGGCACGCACAUUCUCAACUAUGGCCUGCGCGAGGUCCUCGGCGAUCACAUCGACCAAAAAGGCUCGCUUGUUGCGCCGACCAAGCUGCGAUUUGACUUUUCGCACAAGGCGCAGCUCACCAUGCCAGAGCUGGAAAAGAUUGAGCAGAUUAAUCGCCAGUUUAUCGAUCGCAACGUUGCGGUGUAUGCCAAGGACCUUGCGCUGGAAGAUGCAUACCAGAUUCCCGGGCUCCGUGCAGUGUUUGGAGAGUCGUACCCCAACCCAGUGCGCGUGGUGAGCUUGGAGUUCGAUGUGGACGAGAUUGCAAAAGAUUUGAAGAACCCGCAGUGGGCCAACACAAGCAUCGAGUUUUGCGGCGGCACGCACGUUGGCCGGACUGGCGAGAUUGGCGAUCUGAUCAUCACAGAGGAGGGCGGCAUUGCCAAAGGUAUCCGACGUGUCGUUGCCGUGACGGGCGACGAAGCGAUAGUGGCGACCAAGACGGCAGACGACGCCGCCGCACGACUUGAUGCGAUCGAAAAAAUGGAGCAGGUUGAGAAGGAUGCACAGCUCAAAGCCUUUGGCGUUGAUCUUGCGCAGAUGGAGAUGAGUGUGUUGCGCAAGGAUGCGUUGAAGCAGCGGUUUGCCAAGCUGCGCAAGGCGCUCGAUACGCAGCUCAAGGCGCGCUCUGCGGCGGAGGUCAAAGCUGCGCAGGAAGCGGUGACCAAGUUUUUCAGCGAGCAUCCCGACGCGCCUGUAUUGGUCACGAAACUGGACGUGGAUGCGAAUGCCAAGGCGCUGCAGUCCGGUAUUUCUGCUGCCCGCAAGCUGAACAAAUCUGUGUACCUCUUUGCACAGGACAAAGGAGACGGCGCUGUGAAGACUAUCUACAGCAACUUUGUGCCAGAGCCCAAAGCAGGGUUUGAUGCUGUUGUGUGGAACAAGCAAAUUUCCGAGUUGCUGGGCGGUCGCGGAGGCGGCAAGCCGGAUGGCGCACAAGGCAUGGCCGAUGCGACCGCUGCGCAAGUCAACGCUGCGAUGCAACUUGCCGCCGACGUUUACAAAAGAGAGUAG